GCCAGACCAAACAGCAUGAAUGAAGACUACAGUGACAUCUACGACACAAUCCAAAAAGGGAGCAGAGAUGAGGGUCCAGACCCGCUGGAGGAAAACGAUGCUCCUUUAUAUGACAGAGUCCGUGAAGACUUGUGGACUGAAAGUGAUCUGUACACCACUAGGCUAGAAAGCCAGGAAUAUGAUUCUUUGUCAGUGUAUGCCUUGAAAAGGGAAGAGGCCACUCCAUCCUCCCUGGAGCCAGAAGCAGAAGGCUACCUCUUGCAUGAUGAGGUGUUUUCUGAGCCCCAGGAGGUCAGGGACAUCUCUAUGAAGGACUCAUUUUCAUCAAGCCAGGACCCAGAGCCUCUGCAAUGGGAGCUGCAGAAGAAUGGAAGACCGAGCAAGGAAGAGGUUCCUUCUCCACUGAGCUUCACGGUUCAGCACAGCAAGGCCUUUCCCACCGGCCACAGCUCCCCUACCUGCACUUCUGCUGUUGCUAGUUUGGAAGAAAAUGAAGCAGCUUCCUACAUCCCUGAGAUCUUCCUGUUUGUGAAGGCCGGAAUCGAUGGGGAAAGCAUUGGCAACUGUCCUUUCUCUCAGCGUCUCUUCAUGAUCCUCUGGCUGAAAGGAGUCGUGUUCAAUGUCACCACUGUGGAUCUGAAAAGAAAGCCAGCCGAUCUACACAACCUCGCUCCCGGCACGCACCCGCCCUUCCUGACCUUCAACGGGGAUGUGAAGACUGAUGUCAACAAGAUCGAAGAGUUCCUGGAGGAGACACUAACCCCUGAGAAGUACCCCAAACUGGCUGCGAAACACCGGGAAUCCAACACUGCAGGCAUUGACAUCUUUUCCAAGUUCUCAGCCUACAUCAAAAACACCAAGCAACAGAACAAUGCUGCCCUUGAGAGAGGCUUGACGAAGGCGCUGAGAAAGCUGGAUGACUACUUGAACACCCCUCUGCCGGAGGAGAUUGAUAGCAACACCCGCGGACAUGAGAAAGGCUCCCAGCGCAAGUUCCUGGAUGGGGAUGAGCUGACCCUGGCCGACUGCAAUCUGCUGCCCAAGCUGCAUGUGGUCAAGAUUGUGGCUAAGAAGUACCGGAACUAUGACCUCCCAGCAGAGAUGACAGGCUUGUGGCGGUACCUCAAGAAUGCCUAUGCGCGAGACGAGUUCACCAACACCUGUGCAGCUGACAGCGAGAUUGAGCUGGCCUACGCAGAUGUCGCCAGGCGCCUCAGCCGAUCCUGAGCUUAGCCACCUGGUCCAAAUUCUGCUGCAGAAGACUUCUACUUCUCCCAGAGGCCCUCAACCCUACAGACUCUUCCUCCUCGUUGCCUUGGGGGAAACAUUAAAAAAAAAUUAGGCCACAUCUUCCUGGCACCCCUGAACUCAACUCCAGCCUUGUAGGCUCUAAGAUCAGUGCCAUCCUUCUGUCUUGUCCUGUAGGAGCCUGGCAAGCAGAGAGGACAGGGUGGUAGAUUUU